UAUAAAAAAAACAAAGCAAAUAUAAAAUGACCUAUAAUUCUGAGCUUCAGGCGAGGCCAUCAAUUAAUCGGCAAAGUUUCCGUACUUCACUCCGUCUCUCUCUCUCUCUCUCUCAACAAUCAAUUGGAGUAUCACCACUGCACUCUCCGGUGAAUUUCCCGAUCAAAGAAAGACCACCAUGUUGCGGAGGUCCCUUUUGGAGCUUUCGUCCCGUCAUUCUGUUAGAAGAAUCCGUACCCAGAUCACAACUCAGAUACCCUCAUAUCUUUCUUCUAGGAAGGAAUUCUCUGUAACACCACAGGAAAAUGUACCCCAAGGGUCUUCUUCAACAGGAAAGUCAACCAAGUCAGCAAGUUAUGUGUCAAAAAUUGUCAUUGGAAGUGUUGCCUUAGGUGCAGCUUUUAUGACAGCUUACAAAACUGGCUAUUUGGAUGAACUUCUUGUGAAAGAGCCGCGUAGUGCUACUGAUUCUGCUAAAUUUGGCACCGUUGAGAAGGAUUCACCGGACUUGUUGAUUACAGAAGAUUCGCUGGAUAGCAAACUUUUAGGAGAUGAAGUUGCCAUUCCCCAAAUUAAAGAGUCAAAAGAAUCGAUUUCUAGUGCAGAGCAUACUGAGGAAAACACUAAAACUCACUCAGUUGUCCCCCCCCUUGAAGAUUUUAGCCGAAGUGAAGGAGAGAGCCAGCUUCAGGAAAGUGAUAAAUCAAAUUUGGUGCGUGAAGAUGAUACUUUUCCAAUCCAAGAAAAAGAGUUGCCCAGCUCUCCUCAGAGCAGCACGACAUCUGAAGAGAGUUUUGACACCGGAAGCCCAGAGUUGAAACACAGAGCUGAACAGCAUGAGGCAGUUAAAAUGACACCAGUAAUUACCCAGGCUAAUGCAAUUCCUGAAGAAAAUGAGACAAAGUCAAUGCCACCCCAGCGUCUCACCACUAAGGACAUGCCAGAGAAUACCCCCGCUAAUGGUAUAGAACAGCCAAGUUCCCUCCUUGAUGCAUAUUGUUUAGGAGAUAAGGCUGAAGAAACCUCUGCAACUUCCUCAAAUGUACACAAGGAUUUAGUUGGUGGCGUUGAAAGUUCAAAUGAUGUUUACAUAUCCAAGGAUGGAAAAUUGGUUCUUGAUUUCUUACAAGCCAUUCAUACAGCUGAGCAAAGGCAAGCAGAAUUAGAUGCUCACAUUUUUGCUGAAGAAAAGAGGAUGUUAAAGGAGAAGUAUGAAAAGGAAUUGAAGGAUGCAAGGGCCAAAGAACUUAUGUAUGCUGAAGAGGUAGCAAUGUUGGAUAAGGAAUUAAACAAAGAGAGAGUGAAAGCGGCUGCUGCACUCAAGUCACUACAAGAAAAAUUAGAAGAGAAACUCGUGAUGGAACUUGAACAAAAGGAAGCUGAAGCAGAAAGGAAUCUGAUGACAAUGGAGGAGGUAGCAAAAGCAGAACUGGCUGCGGCUAUUGCAAGCGAGAAGGCAUCACAGAUUGAAAAAAUGGCAGAAGCAAAUAUUCAUAUAAGUGCCUUGUGCAUGGCAUUCUAUGCAAGAUCUGAAGAGGCUCGUCAGAGUCAUUCCGUUCACAAGCUUGCUUUGGGAGCACUUGCAUUGGAAGAUGCACUGUCGAAAGGGCUACCGAUUCAGAAAGAAAUAAAUGUUCUCCACACUUAUCUUGGAGGCAUAGAUAAAGACUCACUUUUAGAUUUGGUUCUAUCAUCCAUUCCGGAAGAAACACGGAACCAUGGCACAGAUACCCCAUUGCAAUUAAAUCAAAAGUUUGAUGCUUUGAAAGGGACACUGCGGCAAUUCAGCCUAAUUCCACCUGGUGGCAGUGGCUUUUUUUCACAUCAAUUAGCUCAAGUUGCAUCCUGGAUGAAGGUUAGGGAAGCUGACCAAUCUGGUAAUGGGAUUGAAUCUGUAAUAAACAGAGUCGAGAGCUUCUUAGCCAAAGGGAAACUCUCUGAAGCAGCUGAUACUCUUGAGGAUGGUGUCAAAGGAAGCCAAGCAGCAGACAUAGUUCGUGAUUGGGUUAAGCAAGCAAGAAACAGAGCUAUCACGCAACAAGCUUUAACACUGCUUCAGUCCUAUGCUACUUCCAUCAGCGUUACUUAAACUAUUAUCCAUAGUGGAUCAAUCUUUUAGCGUGUAGACUUUCUCAUGUAUGAUAUUAGGUUUUCAUUGAAUUAGUGGGCUUGCAUACUGAGAGUAUGCUCUUCCAAUUUGUAAUCCAUGGGAACGAUGAUAAUGACCUUAUGGCCUUCGUCUUUUGAGGGGUUUAAAAACUCGGGAGUUACUGUGAGCAAUUGCGGCAUUUUCUCUUUUGGGAUGAACAAUUGAGUGGUUUUCUUCACUUUAAUAAAAUUCCAUUACUUCACCACCAAA